AUGUGUGGAAUAUUUGCUGUUUGCCACUGUGCUAAAUAUGGAAGUCGACCGUCAAAAUUUUCAGCACAAAAUGCAAUCGAAUUAUCAUUCCGUCAAAAGCAUCGCGGUCCUGAUGAUCGCGCAUUUUAUGAAAACCCGAACACUGGAGAUAUUUUAUGUCAUGAACGGCUAUCCAUCGUUGAUUUUAGUUGCAAGCAUCCAAUGAAAGGAACGCAAGAAGAUCAUCAGGUAGUGCACAAUGGAGAAAUUUACAAUCAUGAAGAACUACGGAAAACUGUUUUAAAAGAAUACAAAAUGAAAACUCAGUGUGAUUCUGAAGUCAUUAUAUUUCUUUAUGAAAAGGAAGGUAGUGGAAUGAUUUGUAGCCAGCUAGAUGGCAUUUUUGCAUUUGCAUUAAUUUUUGGGGAAGAAUUUUUGGUAGCCCGUGAUCCGAUUGGAGUUAAACCUCUGUAUUAUGGUGAAGAUAAGGAAGGACGACAUUUUUUCAGUUCAGAGAUGAAAACAAUUGAACCUGUUUGUGGGGAACACAAACUUUCAACUUUUCCACCAGGACAUUUCUGGACUCCAAGCACCGGCUUUAUUUGCUACUACAUGCCUAUAUGGUAUGACUACCGCCAGGCUCAAAUGGACAUGAAUUUAGUAACGGUUAGACAAUCUCUCAUUGAAGCAACGAAAAAGCGAUUAAUGAGUGAUGCUCCAAUUGGAGUACUAUUAAGUGGUGGUCUUGAUUCAAGCUUGAUCAGCUCUAUUGCAAUGCGAGAAAUGCGUCAUCGUGGUUUACCGCUGAAGUCAUUCUCAAUUGGGUUAAGUGAAGAUGCUCCAGAUCUCAUUGCUGCUCGACAUGUGGCUGCAUUCCUUGGCACAAUACACCAUCAGUUUUUAUUUACUGUUCAGGAAGGAAUUGACAUUUUAUCGGAACUUAUAUGGCAUUUGGAAACAUAUGAUGUGACAUCCGUGCGAGCAUCUACACCAAUGUAUUUCAUGUCUAAGAAAAUCGCCGAUCUCGGUGUUAAAGUUGUACUCUCUGGUGAAGGUGCAGACGAAAUUUUUGGUGGUUAUCUCUAUUUUCAUAAUGCACCUAAUGAUGAAGAAUUUCAAAAGGAAACUAUACGACGCAUCCAAUUACUAAGUACAGCAGAUUGCUUGCGUGCCGAUAAAUCCUGUAUGGCAAAUAGUGUCGAAGUUCGUGUACCAUUUUUGGACAAAACUUUUCUCGACAAUGCUGUUUGCAUUCACGCCAGCCAUAAGAGACCCAAAUUAAAAAAUGGUAGAAAUGUAGAGAAGUGGAUUCUGCGUUCUGCUUUUGAUACACCUGAUGAUCCUUAUUUACCAAGCGAUAUUUUGUGGCGUCAAAAAGAACAAUUUUCUGAUGGAGUAGGAUACAACUGGAUAGACCAUCUUAUCCAGCACUGUAUAAAAAGUGUGACCGAUGAAGAAAUGGCUUCAGCAGCAGAAAUGUAUCCAGUGAAUACACCACAUUCAAAAGAAGCGUUUUUCAUACGUAAAAUUUUUCAUCAACAUUUUCCAAGUAGUAACGCAGCAAAAACUGUGCUGAAAUGGGUGCCAAAAUGGCAGGUAAACGAAGAUCCCUCUGGAAGAGCAUCUAAAGUUCACAAAAUGAGCUUAUAUAAAGAUAGUGAGGAUUCUUUCUACAACAGCGGUGAGUAA